CUAGCCAUUCUUAUUACCAUAACAAUAAAUUACUUGAGUAAAUAGCAAGUGAAAAAAUAAUUUUUAUUAGGUUUUUUAAAACUAAUUUCGAGCAGACGAUGAGCUUUGCUUUUAGAUUGGGUUCUUCAAUCGGGUGUUUUCCUCGUACGAUCUUAGGUCGUAACAUAAUUCAAAGGAAAAGUCAUGUGGUAUCUUACCGUAAUGGCCCCCCUCCCCAUUCAAAGGCAACUAAAAUUGGUGCUGUAACUGUUGGUGGAGCUAUGUGGUGGUGGGUAAUCUGGCACUUAUGGCAUGAACCUGACCACAUAACGGGGGAAUUCGAUUAUCCUAACUCAAGGAAAUGGAGCAACACAGAGUUGGGUGUUUCAAAGGAUGGAUUUUAAACCUUAUAUGUGAAAGCAUACUCCAUAAAUAUUGAUUAAAAUUAUUAUUCUGCUUGGACUUAUUUGUUGCGUAAUACUCUGUUCAACAUUCAGUUUUUUCUACCCAAUCAACAUGUAUGUGCAUACAUAUGUGCGUACACUAGUCGGCAUAAAUGUUUUGACAAAAUAAACGCUGCAUAUUUUACCAGUG